UGAACACAGACAGCAGCAGCAUCUGUCAGUGUCUGCUGAUGAAGGUACCACGUCUCUUUGACCUCAUCUGAACGGGACUUUAACAGCGGAGCAGCCUGACAGCAGGAAGCCACAAUGACGGCAGUGGGCCUUCUCAACACUUUGGAGGAUUUAAAAGAAGAGGAAUUUAAGAAAUUCAAAUGGCAUCUGCAGCAAGACAUCCUGGACGGCUACCAAAGCAUCAAAGUGUCCAAGUUGGAGAACGUAGAAAGGCAGGACACGGUGGAUGUGAUGGUGAAAACCUAUCAACAUCAAGGAGCUCUGAAGGUGACCAAGAAGGUUUUAGAGAAGAUCAACAGGAAUGAUCUGGUGCAGAGUCUUCCAGACACCAGCUCAGGACCAGAAGUUAUGGCUGCUGCCAGCAAUGCGCCAUCUGAAGAAGUGUCCAAACCAGGAGAAGUUCCCUGUGACGUCUGCACUGGAACCAAACUGAAGGCCCUGAAGUCCUGCCUGGUGUGUCUGGUCUCCUACUGUGAGACUCACCUGGAGCCUCAUCUGACCAUGUCAGGCCUGAAAAGACAUCAGCUGAUCGACCCUGUGGAGAAUCUGGAAGGCAGGAUGUGUACAGAGCACGAUAAACCUCUGGAGCUGUUCUGUAAGACCGACCAGACAUGUGUCUGCAUGCUCUGCACUGUUUUAGAUCAUAAGACGCAUGAUGUUGUUCCUCUGACAGAAGGAUAUGAAGGAAAGAAGGCAGAGCUCGGGAAGACAGAGGCUGAAAUUCAGAAGAUGAUCCAGAAGAGACGACUGAAGAUUCAGGGGAUCAAACACUCAGUCGACCUCAGUGAGGAAGAUGCAGACAGAGAGAUAGCAGAAGGUGUUCAGGUCUUCACUUCUCUGAAGGAGUCUGUUGAGAGAGGCCUGAAUGAGCUCAUCAACACCAUCAAAGAGAAGCAGAAAACAAAAGAAAAACAGGCCGAAGCUUUCAUCAAAGAGCUGGAACAGGAAAUCUCUGAGCUGAUGAAGAGAAGCACUGAGGUGGAGCAGGUGUUACGCUCUGAAGACCACCUCCAUCUUCUCCAGAGUGUCCAGUCCCUAAAGAUCCAACAACCUCCACCCACCAAGGACUGGACAGAGGUCAGCGUCCGUCCAUCAUCAUAUGAGGGGACUGUGGUGAGAGCUGUGGUUCAGCUGGAGGAGACACUCAGUAAAGAGAUGAAGAAACUGAUUGAAGCCGAGCUGAAGAGGGUCCAGCAGUAUGCAGUGGAUGUGACUCUUGAUCCUGAUACAGCAUUUCCUAAUCUCACCCUAUCUGGUGAUGGGAAACAAGUAAUUGAUAGUUAUAUGAGGAAGAAUCUCCCAGACAACCCAGAGAGAUUUUCUAAGUGUGUUUGUGUUUUAGGAAAGCAGAGUUUCUCUUCAGGCAGAUUUUACUGUGAGGUUCAAGUUAAAGGAAAGACUAACUGGGAUUUAGGAGUGGUCAGAGAGUCGAUCAACAGGAAGGAAAUAAUCACAAUGAGCCCUGAGGAUGGUUACUGGACGAUAUGGUUGAGAAAUGGAAAUAAGUACAAAGCUAAUGCUGUCCCUCCAGUCCUUCUCUCUCUGAAGUCUCCUCCUCAGAAGGUGGGGGUGUUUGUGGAUUAUGAGGAGGGUCUGGUCUCCUUUUAUGACGUAGAUGCUGCAGCUCUUAUCUCCUCCUUUACUGGCUGCUCCUUCACUGAGAAACUCUUCCCAUACUUCAGUCCCUGUUGUGAUGAUGGUGGUAAAAACUCUGCCCCUCUGAUCAUCUCCCCUGUCAGAGUAAACUAUUUCAGGUAUUAAUUUUUAAUCAAGGGAACAAAUGUACAUAUCAUAUUUAUAUAGUUUUUUUAAUAUAUUUUUUAUAUUUUGUUUUCCUAAGGAUUAUUAUUUUUCUCCGCCUAAAAGUGAUGCUACAGUCUAAACCGUAUAUGGUGGAGCAGAGAAAACGUGUUUAGCCUUAUAACUCCCAAACCGUACAUCGCAAAUUAAAAAUACACAUUUCAACGCUUUCCCUGAAUUUAGCUGAAUCUCCUGAUUUAGGCACCGCCCAUUUCCACCUAUACUUUUAUGCGCAAAAAAUUUUGAUUUAUCCUAAACCUACUUUUUCCAACUCCUCCAAGACUGUGACAACGAUCUGCACAAAACUUGGUUCGUAGCAUCUCCAUACCGACCUGACAAAAAGUUAUCAAAAUAAUUUUUAUCUAAUGAAACAAAUUGCGCAAAUUACGCACAAACAAAUUUGUGUAGCUUGCUACAAAAACACGAACUUUGCCAUUUCUUGGUCAAAAUAAAUGCUAUUAAAGCCAAACUUUAGAUUCUUGUUUGCCAUUACCCUCUGGGGCUCAAUGCAUGUAAAUGGGACAUUUGUGAUUGCAAUUUCUCUGCCGUGGUAAUGGCUAUCAACACGAAACUUGUGAUGCUUGUUCGGCAUGCCGCUCUGAGGCUCUGUACCAAAUUUGGCGAAGAUCGGCCAUUAGGGGGCGCUAUAGUCAACAUAGACCAGUUUUGGCCCUUUUACUCAAUAAAUGUUAAUAGGAUAUUUUCAACGGCAACGUACCGCAGACCAUGCGGCUCACACCUCUCGAUAUUUGCAUUUCGAUUUACGUUUUCCUCUCCACCAUUACGCUUUGGGACCCACUUUCACGUGCUCCCUGGGUCGUCUGGGGCCGUCAUAACUGAAGCAGUUCUAGUUCCAUUUAUUAUCAUAUGGUUAAAUGUGCAGCAAUUCGUUGCAAAUUGAAUCAAACUUCAUCUUGACAUAUUUGGUGUCUUCAGAAACUGAUUUCUUCUAGAAGUUUAAAUGAAUGUCUGUGGGUUUAACAGAGGUUUAAAUAGAUAUCGUCCACAUAACGUAUGUCAUGAUGCAUCAAAUGAAUGUGAUACACAUUCAUUUUUAUUUGAUGUGCAGCCACAGAAAAGCUGAAUAUUUCAUUUUGUCAUUAAGCUUCAUUUAAGAGUAAGGCCUAUUACAUCCCAUAGUGUCUACAGAACACAGUAUGUGUUGUUGUUGUUGUUGUUGUUAUACCGGGUAUAAAAAGUUAAUGGAUGUUUCUAUGUUCUGUGAAAAGUGUAUAGGAUAAUUACUGGUCACUUUGGCCAUUUCUUUAUUUCUUUCGUGAAUUCUGUAAGAUGGUUUAUGAGUCAAAGAAAUCUGUAAAUAUGUGAUUGUAGAAUAAUAACAAAUAAAGCAGUUGUUAAACA